CCACGCCAGCUGGGUGCAGGCAGCCUGCAUAAAGCUCAGAGGAGAGGCCACUGAGGCUGGGAGGGUUCUUGGUGGAAGAAUUCUUCAUCCUCUGGGCUGCAGAGGAGCGAUGCAGGAGAGAUUAAGAUGAGCGGAGAUGCGGCAGACUCCACAGACACUCGGCACGAACCCGACCAGGUGGAGCCAGGAAAUGAGCAGAAUGGGCUGGACUUUAACAGGCAGAUUAAAACUGAAGACCUCAGUGACUCCUUACAAUCUGCAAUCCCCCCUAGGUCAGGUCACCUUGUGCAGGGGUCAUCGAUGAUGCCUGGAAGCCAAAUUGCAGGGGAUAUGAGCUCUCUUCACACCCUGCAGCAGCUUGUACUGCUUCCUGGUCACAUGCAGUCUGUUCCCCAGUUUCUUCUGUCUCAGUCUCAGGCUGGGCAACAAGCUUUGCAGCCAAACCUCCUCUCCUUCCCUCAGCAACAAGGCAGCCUUCUCCUCUCCCAGCCAGGACCCAGCCUUGCAUCACAGGCUGUGGGCCGCUCUGGGCUCCCCGGCUCGUCGGUUGAACCCCACCUGGAUGUACCCCAACAUCUGCAAGUGGCAAAGCACCUAACUCCCUCAGGAGCAUCUGAGGAACCCAGCGACCUGGAGGAGCUGGAGAAGUUUGCUAAGACUUUCAAACAAAGGCGAAUCAAGUUGGGGUUCACACAGGGUGACGUUGGACUUGCCAUGGGCAAGCUCUACGGCAACGACUUCAGCCAGACCACCAUUUCCCGCUUUGAGGCUCUCAACCUGAGCUUUAAGAACAUGUGCAAGCUCAAACCGCUGCUGGAGAAGUGGCUGAGCGAUGCAGAAUCUGCUCCUUUGGAUUCUUCCAUGAGCACUCCUAACUCCUACCCCUCAGUGAAUGAGAUGUUUGGAAGGAAAAGAAAGAAGAGGACCAGCAUCGAGACCAACAUUCGCUCCACGCUGGAGAAGAGAUUUCAAGAUAACCCCAAGCCCAGUUCAGAGGAGAUAUCCUUGAUAGCAGAGCAGCUCUCCAUGGAGAAGGAGGUGGUCCGGGUCUGGUUCUGCAACCGGCGUCAGAAGGAGAAGCGGAUCAGCUGCCCAAUGCCAUCCCCCAUCAAGUCACCCAUCUACAACUCCAGACUGGUCUCUACCUCAGGGUCCUUGGGGCCCCUCUCAGUCAAUCCGGUGCACAGCACCAUGCCUGGGACUGUAACAUCAUCGUGUUCCCCAGGGAACUCCAGCAGGCCCUCGUCCCCUGGCAGUGCCCUCCAUGCCAGCAGCCCCGGCACAGCCCAGAGCAACUCCAAAGCUGCAAUGAACUCGUCCGGUUUCAACUCUUCAGGAUCUUGGUACCGAUGGAAUCAACCUACCUACCUCCACUGAGCUGACUCUUCCACCACCUGUAAAAGGAGCUCUGACUUCUAGCUAUGGACCAACCAGGAGCAACGCUUGGGGCAACAUCUAUUGUUCCAGUGCCUUCAAAAUGCUGCCCAAAUGAAGGUCUUGUUUAAGGCAACCCAUAGCAACGGAACUCUCCAGGGACUCAAACCCGCAGCAGCCCUUCCCCAAGGAUUCUCAAUGCCAGCAGUGACAUGACCAUGCUCUUCCAGGCGCUCACUGCGAGAAGCAGCCCUUGCUUAGCACUGCUCGCAUGACACACUGCCCUCUGCUUGCAAACCUCUGCAUUCCCACUGGAUUGCCUGCCCACCUCUCAUCUGGAAGGAUUUCUUUGUCAGCACCCUCUUUUCUCCUCCCUGCUCCCCCUCCCCACUCGUUUCAGAGCUUCCCCUAAGGAGGGUCUAUCACUGCUGUUACUGUCACGCACACCUCUCACGAACCCCCCCAAACUGAGCCAAGGUUACCCAGUUCAUUUCACCAGAGUCCUGUGUCUAGAUGUGAGCCUUGGUUCUCCACAGGCUUCCAAGGUCAAUGGCACUGUGCUUUCUCCACCACCACACCUGCUUUGCUUUGAGCCAUUCUGCUCUCUUUCUAAAGGUGCUCUUUUUCCCCCUCCCCCCCCCUUUCUUCCCCACUUCCCUCCCCA